AAUGAAUUGAGAUUUGCUUGAAAUUGAAUGACAGUUUGUGAAAUUUCCCUGAUAGUUCAUUUUUGUUGAACAGUUUAAUUAGCAGUUCUAUUCCUCUCCACGUUUUUGUUAUUUAUUUUGCCAUUUAACUAAUUCUGUGAUUUCUAGGUCUCUCCUAGCCUGAUAUUCGAGCAACCCAUCGCAACUGAUCUUCCAGUUUCGACACUCGGAUGACUUCAGCCGACCAAUCUCUUUCUUUCUUUUACCUUUCCUGUGACGUCGCACGUGUACAUUCAUGUGAAUGUGAGUGUAUUCACGACGGCGUCACUUAUUCUUUUCCUCUCUCCCAACCUGUGGUCGCCAGAAGGUCUACCAGUCAGUCACGAGUCUAAUCAACUCUCAACCAACUGUCAACUUAAGUCCAGUGUCCCCAUGGUCCAUGGAAACCCCUUUGGUUGACAAAUUGCAUAGACCUUGUUCUCGGAGACUGUGACAGUUGCCAAGUCUUAUUAGUGAAUCAUGAUAAUGAAGCCUUCAUCAAAUCAGAUUAUUUGCUGCUAUUUAGUGGAAAACGAGAAAGAACAAAGAAGGUCGCCAAUCCGAAGGUUGUAGUUUCCACCACUUGAGUUCUGAUUUUGGACGAUCUAGGAUUGAUUGAUUUGAGAUUCAUCCGUCGCUACUGUUCCAUGGACUAAAUUCACUGGGGAAAACUGACACUGUUGGCUGCUGCUCGAGUCAAUUUGCUGUACAGCAUUCCGAAAAAAGACAACUGAUACUAGAAAAUGAUACUAUGGACUGCUAGGAGGUUGCUUGGCAGAUGGCAGUGUGUUGCUACAACUGCAAUGUGUUGUAAACAGAAGUAAUUGCAUCGAGUCAAGAUUAUAUUUUGAAUUUGAGCACCAAAUUUCUUCGAUGAGGUUUACCGAACGACUGAUAGGUGGCAGCUGCAUCCGCUUGGCAUUUAUUCAUGAAUCCAUCCCCCUUAAAAAAAAAGAAAAAUAAGUUGCAGUCCAAGAUGAAUAGAGGAAGCCGGGACGUGUCAGACAAAUGAUAGCGCGGGUGGUGUGUCUGCGGAUGACCACAGGGAAUAAUAACGACAAGACCAUGAGCAACACAACAACAACAACAAACACACAGGAGGGGGAAGAGGAGCCAUGGACGAAGAGGUUUGAGCCCCUCAAACGAUUGUGUGUCAGCAUUCGCCGUUAUACUACAUAGGCCUCUCUGCUAUACAGUCUAUCCAUCAUUAACCUAUCAAUUCACUCGUGUGGAAGGCAGCACUAGCCCAAUCCAGGAGCAGCAAGGAGGAUCGAAGCAUCAGUGAAAAAAAAAAAAAAAAAAACAAGGAGCCCCCCAAAAAAGAUGGCGAUCAAUAUAAGAGCUUACUCGAGAGACUCGGACACGAGCGCCGGAGUCGGAAACGCCAUCAUUCAACAGCAUCACGCACCGCCAGGUGUGUUAAGAGGAUUGCCGAGAGAUUUCGGCGUUGGACCACCGUCACAUCAUCAGUCGGCAUCAGCUGGCGCCCAGCAGCAGCAGCCGGGCAGCAGAGGCAACCGAGGCAACAACCGGAGUGACGUUUCCAUUCAGGUGGACGUAGGAUCGACUAAGGCGACCAACAGCGGAGGCGUUGGCGAUCGAAUGGGUCGCACGACGAAAAAUCAACGCGGCGCUUCCGGCGGCGGAAGCAAAGCCGAGACUCCACCCACUACAUCUCAGCAGCAACAAUACGAGACGGCCCUCUACUCGCGCGAAGACAUUCGCGAGCAAUAUUGCAUCAACAAGAAAGAAACGGACGUGCUGGAUCGCUCGUCCCACGUGCGCCAAAGAGCCAAAGGAUUUUUCGGAUGCCUAACGAGUCGCAAGGAUCACGGUGCCAAGAAGAAGAAAUCGCGUUCGUCUUUCUUUUCGGCUUUGUGCGUCCGGCGGGCCAGCGAGGAGAACCUGUACAACGGCUGCAACAAACCCGUGGCCAACACCAACCGCAGCGUCACUCUACCGGCCCUCCAGCCCUUCACGGUUCCCCUACGCGACGAUGGAUCCAAUCAGCCCUCCUUGUUUCGCAACCGGCCUCAAUCGUUCUGCACAACUGACCCCCGGCGAUUCUCCAUGCAGACCUCAACUACGCCUUGCAUCGUUAACAGUUACGCUCCUAGACAUUCGGAUCCCGACUGGAAGAUCAGCACUUUGCCCGUUCAUCGAACGACCAGUGAUGUACCGCACGACAGUGAGAAUUCGGGAUCGAAUCAUCCGUUCCGCUACGGUGGGCGGCUGGCCUACACGCAGCCCAACACUCCGGAAUUGUCUGCGGCUCUCUACCGACGCCAGGUCAUGUCCAGCGAGGCCCUUUUGGACGACAGGCGAUCGACAGGAUCCAUGUCGAAACACGUCAGCUUCGACGCUUCAUCCCCUUGCUCGGAGAUUUAUACUUCGGCCGUUCCGGCUAAUGCUUCCAAGAGCCAGGAGAGGCUCCUUGAUGGUCGUAAAACUCCUGAGCCCUUUCUCGAAUCCAAGCGACAUCCGCACCAGACGGCGGCAUUUUCACCCGUCCUAGCCAGAGCCAUCCUUUUAGAGAGAUUGCGCCAGGCGUCGAUGCGGAGCCAGGCAACGCAAACGGAAGGUUAUUAUAAUUCGACAACGUCACUCUCCUAUCCCAGUUGCUACAGCGGCGCCGGAUCGCAAGUGUCAAUUCCGGGGGCCGCCAGCACCGUCACACGUCAAGUUCAAACCAAUUUUGAACCGCGUAAACAAACGAAACGGCUCACGCGGAGCUCAUCGGCCGUCAAUCAGGACGCAGAAGCGGAAGGAGAGGCCGCCGCCAUCAAGACGGAGGCGGAAUUCCAGUCGCUCAAGCGUAUGCCGGACGAGCUGAGUCAAUCUCAGCCGGAAGAGAUUGGCGACUAUAAGAAAAUCUCGUCACCUGAGCGCGGCGGCGGAUCGCCCAGCAAACAGCGACGCUCCAACAGACGUCGGCAGCUGUUGAAGGCCCUGUCGGAAGGAACGAUCCUGCUGGAUAAGAAACGGGCCCGGCGUUUCGCUUCCGGCUAUGUGGAGGUGAACGUGCAGGACGAGCGCUCGCCCGUCGAAGAAGAAAUUGUGGCCGGUCGCGUUCUGGUUCACGACCCGACCCGCUACUUGAGCGGAAGCGGAUCCAGCGAUGAUGGCAGUCUCAACGACGACGAUCGCUUUGCUUCCUCGCUUCCGGCCAAGCCAGACAUGAACCGCUCGUUGGGCUUCACCGACGUGGAAGAUGUUGUCUGGUCUGAUUCUGAGCCUCAUCCGCACGAUGGGCCUCCUCCCCAUCCGGCGGAAGAAGGCAAACUGCUGCAGGCCCAGAAAUCGUUCGACUCGAACGCUUCGUGUCCGGAUACGGCCGGCAACUAUAGCGACGAGUUUGGCAGCACUUCGCAAGUCACAGUCCUCCAGCCGCAUUCAUCCGCCCGGCAGAGCGGAGGUGGUGGUGGGACCACCAGCUCGGAUGACAAAGGCAGCACCUCCUUUGUCGUCACCUGCGAUUCAGAUUUAGAUCCACCCCAUCCGCCCACUCCGCCUCCCAGGCGACCGCCAGCUCCCACCGAUCCCCCAUCCGCCGAACUAUCCGAGACGGAGAAGGAAAUCAUGGUCCAGUUUCCACCCUGGCCGGGAUCUCAGGACGCUCAGGAAUUGAUUCCGGCGCCACCCAGUUUCGCCUGCUCAUCCCUCAACUCGUCUCAACUUCCCUCGGCGGAUGAAGAAGAGGAUCAAAUCGUGACGUCAUCAGCUCCUCCACUUGCCACCGCAGCCAUCGCUCCGGAUAUUGAUCCGCCGAGUCCCAACCAGCAAAUGAGUCAGCGCGUUUUAUUGCGUCACUUGAAGAACGGCUCGAAAAGCAUGUCGGAGACUAUUACAUCCGUCGAUUCCGACUCUUCCGGACGUCGGCUGACGGAGCAUGAAACGUCGGCCAGCUCUGAGCCGCUCAGCCCUCCGCCCAGCGAACUCAACAGUCCCCUGCAGGCGGAUGUUAAUAACAGCGGAAGCAAACCGGCCGGAUUGGAUUCGACUGACACUAAUUCCGACGCCUUUCUGACGGCCCUGUCGGAUCACCUGACGACGGCCGGAUUGACCGAAGUCUACAACACGGCCAUGGAGCGUGGGGCCAGCGAGAGGAGUUACCGCGAGAGCGACACUUCGCACAACAGCACUCUGAGGAUGGAUCAUUCCGGCGUCCAGGAUCUGCCCUACGAGUCUCCUCCGCCUCAGGACGUCCUGCGCGACGACGACGACGACGGGGCGGAGGCUCCCGUCCCUAUACAGCCGCCGCUGCUGACGUCACCCGAUUCCAACAAUGAAGGACAAGAGAUUUGCCGGGUGGAGAGUUCCACUUCCGGCAGCUACAGCCUGGAAGCGACACCUUGCGCCUCGCUCAGUCCCGCCCCGCCACUCGAAAUGGAUUCAGUCAAACCAUUCCAGGCGGCGCUCGAUUCGGAAUUGUUGUCGGUUCCCCCAAUUGCUCCAUCGCCCGCUCAUCCGGAAGCAGCAGCAGCGUCUACUCAUUCAAGUGCGGUCGCCAUGGCAACGGCUGCCGAUAGGAAAACUUUGAAGGAGACAAUGAAAUUGCAAUUUCCUCCCGGCUCUAGCAUGUUUUCCAAUUCGGCUUCGCCAUCCACGCCGGCCAGAUCCACUUCCGGCGCCACCACCACUGGCAGGCGGAAACAUUUCACGCAACAACAGUCGACCACCGCCAAUCAACUUAGCUCGACCGAUUCGGAACAAGACAAUGAAGAGGCUGGAGAUCGUUGCACCCGGAAGCGUCGCUCCAAUAAAAACACCUCCGCCACCGCUGCCGGUGAAUCCGCACACGGAACCAGCACCGACUCUAAUAAACGACCGUCGUCCAAACACAAGAAAAACACGCGCCAUCGCGACCCACUGACUCCCAAUAAUUCGUUUUCCAUGGCCGACGGAAGCGUCGUGCGGAAGCGCGACUCUCAAAUCAUGUCGGAAGUCACUACACCCGGAAUGGUGCGCAGUCCGGCCAUGCACGAAGGAUUCCGUUUGGCCGAUUGGGAUGUCGUGACUCCGUCGCUGGCCACUGCGGAAGCGAUCGAAGCUCGAAGCAACUAUUUCACUCUGCAGCAUCCGAGCGAAGGAUCGUUCCACGAUCCGGAUAACAUGGCCGAUAUGGUCGGAACCAGCUGGAAUUUAAUGGCGCCAACUUCGACGCCGCAACAAAACUGCGAUUCCAUCCGAUCCGCCAGUCCCGGAAGCGACAACGUGUUUGUUUCAGAGACAACGGCCGAAUUAUCCGGCAAUGGCGGCGUACCACCUCCGCCGGAAGGAUUUGCCGACUCACCAGCCACUCUGGCCCCCGACUGGGGUCUACCAUCUCCCAGCACCAAGAUAAGUUCAUCCAUCGGAGGUCCUUCGGACUCGACCAACGGCGAGAACCUGGAAACGACCAAGCGGAAGCGCGAUUCCGGCCGCGGCAAAAGGACGAAAAGCUGCACUCUACCUGCCACCAGCAAUUUCAGCGUGUCGGGUCUCUCGCUGGAAGUUGGGACUGGCGACCGGAAUGAGGUGCUGCCGCACCGGGCCGUUUCGACCAUCGACAUGUGGUAUCCGGAGACGCAAUUGCCGCCCAAGCGUCAGCUGACUGUCCGCGCCAAAUCGGAAGAGCGUGAGCGUUUCAACCGACCAGCCAGACGGAACUUGAAUCACUUGAUCAGAUCGGUCGAGGCCAGUUGGGACUCUCUCGGAUCAAAAUUGAGCGUCGACGGAACGCCUUUGGACGACGAAGACGCCGGUAUUUACAAUGCAAGUUACCGGGCCGGUGCUUGGGCCUACAUUGGCGAGACGGAAGAGCUGCACGUCUGGCGCCGUUCCCAACCGCAGACGCCGUUACAAGACGUUUGGGCUCAAAACAAUGUUACAGAAACCGACGACUCGUCGACGGCUUCUGAAAAAGACUUCCGGCGCAAAUACACAUCCAUCACGCACCGCAUGGUCCACCGCAAGUCCAGCGUGGAAAUGUUCAGACGGCUCGCCACCAGCACAUUCGAUUCGUCGUCCAAAGACUUGAGUGUCAGGAACUCUUUAGAGGAUAUUUACCAAUUGAUGUUGAUGAUUUGGUGCCGCGAGAGUCUGGCACUGCGCAGACUCGCGGACGUUGGACGUCCAGGCGAGUGUGACGACAUCGUCUUGGUCAAGAGAGAAUCGGGCGAAUUUGGAUUCAGGAUUCACGGCUCGAGACCGGUCGUCGUGUCUGCCAUUGAGCCUGGAACGCCGGCCGAAUUAUCGGGACUGCAGGUGGGCGAUAUCCUCAUCAGCAUCAAUGACGUCAAUGUCCUCGAUUCCUCCCACUCGGAGGUGGUCCGCAUCGCCCACAUAGGUACAGAUGAGCUGAAACUUGAGGUGGCAAGGACAUGCAACAUCCUAUCUGCGAACCCCAUGCUGGCUCCAGACCAGCCAACAACAACAACAACAACUGGAGAAUGCAUUCAGCAGGGAACGGCUAACAAUGAGGCCCCAAUUUUGGUGGGCUACCUCUGGAAGAAGAGCCAGUCAGCCAGCCGUGCUGAUGAAUCAGCCAACAACGUCUGGUACAGGAGGUGGUUUGUCCUCAAGAGGGACCACUGUCUCUAUUACUACAAGAACCAAGAUAGUUCGCAGCCGCUGGGAGCCGUUUCUCUGCUUCACUACACGGUGACUCGGACGUCGUUCACGGAGCGACCUCACGGUCUUCUCUUGAGCAAAGGUGGGACGAUUCGGCAUUGGCUGGCCGCCGAAUCGACGGAAUCGCUCGAGCUCUGGCACUCGGUCUUCAAUCACGCUUCCAAAGCCGCCGUCCAGGACGUUUGGCUUGAGAUGUGCGCUCGCAACAUUGAAUUGCCGCCGGCGUCGAUGGCAUCACCAGACUGCGUCGGCCACCUCAUGAAGCUCGGCCACCGGGCCAAGGAAUGGCAGCGUCGCCUCUGCCUUCUCAAAGACGCUUGCCUCUAUUUCUACGUCGAUAUCAACGUCUCCUCGGCUCUAGGAGCGUUGCACUUGCACGGUUACCGCGUUCAAGCCUCGGGCACGACCGCCUCGAGCGGCGAGCGACGCAAAUUCGCCUUCGAACUCUUGCCACCGGAGCCGCGCAUGCGCCAUUUCCAUUUCUACACCGACUCGGAGAACGAUCGCAAACGGUGGAUCGCCGCAUUGGAGUAUUCGAUCGAUCGUUGGAUCAGGGUCGGCUAGUCAUCCAACCCAAUUUUUCAAGGAGAACAUUCUUCUUCUUCUCUAACCAACAACAACAACAUGAAUGAAUAUAUAAAUAACUGUGUUUCUUUUUCGUUACAUAUAGAACGGAAUUCACACCAGUCCUCCUAUUCUUCCCCCCCUCUUUUUUUGAUUUCCUCGUGCGUGUUAGUUUUCCUCCUCCUCUAACGUAACAAACCGUCGCUAUUUUCUCUCUCUCCAACAACAACCGCAGACAAAACAGCAACAACGAUCUGUGGGUGGGUGCCAAAAAACAGAUGUUCUCCUAUAAUAAUCCCAUUGUUUUUAUCAUGUAUUUUUCCCCCUUUAUUUUUUAUUAUUUAAAGAAUUUAAGUUUAGACUUUUUCAAAAGAAUUCUUUGAAUUUUUUAAAAUUUUGGUUUCUUUUUAUUAUCUCUCGAGGUAAAUAAUGACACUUUGUUUUAUUAUUUUAUUUCAUGGAAUUAUCGACCUCCACCAGGUGUGUCAAUUUACAUAAAGAUGGUCAAAAAAUUUCAGCUCUCCACACGCACAC